AUGCCUGGAGGUGGAGAACCGCACGAAAGUCCAUUAGUGGUAAAGUUGGAAAUCAAUCCAAGAGCAAAAACUGAUGAAGACGAAGAGGUAGACACAGAUACAUGGGCUAUCAACAGAAUACUAAUAGAUCCUGGAAGUUCGGUGAAUAUCUUAUUUUACCACACAUACAAAACCAUGGGUGGUCGAGAUGAAGAGCUUAUUCCCUCUACUUAUAAGAUAUAUGGUUUUAAUGGCACAACUAAUAAACCGAAGGGGGAGAUAACUAUGAGAAUUCCUUUAGAAACCAUAUCAUCUGAAGUGUUAUUCUGUGUUGUUGAUGUAGAAUCACCUUACAAUGCUUUGAUUGGAAGACCAUGGUUACAUGGUAUUCUAGGGGUACCUUCUACUUUCCACCAAUGCAUCAAGUUUCCUCUUCCUCAAGGCGUAUGA